CGACCAAAGACCGCCGAACACAAUCGCGGCGUCGAGACAAUUCGCAGUAGCUUGGAAACUUGAUUUGAUAAAAGGAAAUAAAGGAAAUCAGUUGCCAUCAGUGUUUGUACUACAUACACGCGUUAGUCUAAUAAAUGCUAUUAUCUGGACGGUGUUGGAAUAUUACCGAAGGAUAUCUUUAGAAAAACGCAAGAUCUUAAGUGUGACUGAUCAAGAUUCAGCGGAAAAGCAAAUACGCAUAAGCAAAUAUGGCAUUUAAUUCGAAUAAGCAAAUGCCAUUAUUUGGCGAGGCAAAUCAAGUAAGGCCAUUAUUUAACGAGGCAAAUCAAAUAUGGAACCCGAGUUUCACCCCGAGGUCUGAAGGAAUGAAACAUGAGAAUAGCUAUACUGACAAUGAGAUUGUCUCGAAAAAGGAGCAGACAGUAUCUUCAUCAUUUUUACCUUCGUAUACCAAGAGCUAUUCUCAAACACGAUUGGAAGUUACUACGUCUGACUAUACAUGGAAAAUUGAUCAAUUUGGGCGUCUCGCUGCAAUCGUAGAUACAUUAAAUUCUCCACCAUUUGGAGAAAACAACCAAUACAAGAUUCAAAUGAAUAUUUUACGUAAAGAUUUCCUAUGUGCAAUACGAAUCUUAAUACGUACUGGUACAGCAUUUACCGGAUUAUGUACUACUACUAUAAUGCAUCCGCCUGAAACAGUCUUAGCGUCAAGAUCGAUUUCGUGUCGUAUAUCGGAUAUGACAUUGUUAAUUGAUGUCUUGGAUGAUUCGUACAUAUCUACAGAGGCGUUUAUAAUACAUUGCAAGAUUGAACAUUUUCAUCAACUGAUAAGUAACACUAUACACAUGAAUUUACAACCAUCCACAACGGUAUUUAAAGAGGUGAAAUCUUUUGAAGGUUCAACUCUUGAAUUCAUAUCUAAGAAUGAAAAAUCAAUUAAAUUUAUAGUAGGGGAAGAACAGUAUGUUAUAUCAAAAAAAUUGUUGUGCGACACCAACAGUAACUACUUUAAAAUUAUCUGUCUUAUACAUGAUGGAAAGGAAAAAGAUAUGACAAAUGAAUUAGCAACGGAUAAUGAGUUACAAACUUUUAAACAGAUUUUAAUAUUUAUUUUAACUGGCUCAGUAGAACAAUGUGAUUAUGAGAUGCUUAAAAAGUUGUUAACAGCAGCUGAUAAAUACGAUGUACCGACUUUAAAAUUAACGUGUGAACAUUAUUUGCUACGCUAUAUCACGAUUAAAAAUGCUGUGGAACUUAUACAGCUUGCGUUGUUGUCUAAAGCCAAAUUUUUAGAAACACAUUCGACAACUUUUAUUAAAUUUCACAUAAAAGAAAUUACAAAUACUAAAGAAUUUAAAAGCUUGUCGCAAGAAGAUUUAAAUAAGGUAUUGGAAUUUAUUGAGAAACUUGAAACGCUUGAAAGCAGCACAAUUCAAUCCUUUUCGUCGGCCACCUAAGACACAUAAGAAAUCUAAUUAUAAUUAUUAACUUUUAUAUGUAUAAGAAUUUAUAUAAUGCACAUAAUAUGGAUUAAUAUGGAUUAU